AUGGAGAAAGACUCUGAAAGAACCACGAUCUAUGGUGUCACUCAACAGAUCUAUGGUGUCACUGAACAGAUCUAUGGUGUCACUGAACAGAUCUAUGGUGUCACUGAACAGAUCUAUGGUGUCACUCAACAGAUCUAUGGUGUCACUCAACAGAUCUAUGGUGUCACUGAACAGAUCUAUGGUGUCACUGAACAGAUCUAUGGUGUCACUGAACAGAUCUAUGGUGUCACUGAACAGAUAUAUGGUGUCACUGAACAGAUCUAUGGUGUCACUGAACAGAUCUAUGGUGUCACUGAACAGCGAAUUUUAAAAGAAAACUAG